AUGUAAAACUCUCAAAGUGAUUUGGGCCAACUAGAUCCAUGGUCCUUAUACUUGCCAUAUGACAAUAGAUACGAACUUUAAGGAUGUUGUUUCAAAACCAGGCCUAAUUGGAGAGACAUGAAAGAUAGAACUAUCAUUACAAAUAUUUAAGAUCACGAAUUACCUGAUAACACAAUCAGAACCUGCAAAUAUACUUUAUGGACAUUUCUCCCUUUGAACUUAAUGGAAUAAUUUUCAAAAAUGGCAAAUAUUUAUUUUUUAAUUGUCGGAUAUCUGGAAACCAUCGAUCUAGUUUCAAUUACUGAUGGGUAACCUGUUAUAUGGUUCCCAUUGUUUGUGGUGAUUGCAAUUUCAGCAUUCAAAGACUUCUUAGAAGAUCACAAGAGGUAGAUCUCUGAUCAAGAUGAGAACAAUCGUAUAGCCUUAGUGUUGACACCUUACGGGUUGGUUGAAAAGAAAUGGCAAUAGAUCUUAGUCGGAGAUAUCAUCAGAAUUGAAUAAGGAGAAUAUUUUCCUGCAGAUGUCAUAGUCAUCAAGACUAGUUAAAAAGGGACAUGUUUCAUAGAAACCAAGAAUCUCGAUGGGGAAACCAAUCUCAAAGUCAAGAAAUAACAUAAAGGUCUCUAGUUCACUAGAAAUUUAAAUGAUCAUCUGUUACAAAAAGAGCAUAUCUUAGUCCAUUACGACAAACCGAAUCCAUAUCUGUAUAAAUUCAAUGGUACUAUCACAAUGCCCCCGGAUCACCACAGUGAUGGGGAUUAGUCUAGAGAUUCCAUUAUUAAUUAUGAUGCCGCACAUAGAAAAGUGUAUUAGUUAGAUGAAGUCAAUUUUAUUCUUAGAGGAUGUUCAUUGAGGAACACUCAUUGGAUUUAUGGGUUAGUUGUCUAUACAGGAUUUGACACUAAGAUAAUGUUGAAUUCCACUAAGGCCAGACCUAAGUCAAGUACUUUAGAAUCAUAGAUGAAUUUCUUUAUUAUUCUAGUAUUUUUUAUAUAAUUAGUAAUUUGUUUGUUUUCCGCUCAAUAUUCAGUGUUUUGGUAGUUAGAUAAUUUUAUGGAUAUUCCCUACUUGGAAUUAGACGAGAAUGAUCUUUAAACUAACAUAGUUCUGAGAACAAUGGAAAGAUGGGGAACUUGGUUAUUGAUUUAUACUAAUUUUGUUCCGAUAUCUUUAUUAGUGACUCUAGAGAUGGUUAAAUAUUUACAAGGUAUGAUGAUAGAAAAUGAUAAAUAGUGUAAGUCAUAAAAUAAUAUUACUGAAGUGCAAACUUCGAAUCUUAAUGAGGAGUUGGGUAAUGUCAAGUAUAUGUUCACUGACAAAACUGGAACUAUUACAAAGAAUUUGAUGGAGUUCAAAAACAUAUCAAUAUUUGGUAAAUCCUACGGGAAUGUUUGCAAUAGAAGUUAAAUACUAAACAGUGAUGAUCUAAUUCACAUGCCUUAAGUGACCAAUGUGGAUUUUAGAGACAAACAACUCUUCAAUGAUUUAAGUUAGAAUGACGAUCACUCUAGAAGAAUAGUAGAAUAUUUUAUGCAUCUUACGUUAUGUCACACCGUGUUAGUGGAAUAUGAGUAAGGUCAAAUCAAGUAUAAUGCUUCUUCUCCAGACGAAUUAGCAUUGCUGAUGGGAGCUAAAUUUUGUGGAUUUGAGUAUAUUGGAUCGGAUGAUGGAAUGUAGAUUGUAAAGUAUAAAGAUUAGUCAAUAAAAUAUAAGUUAUUAUAAGUGUUGGAGUUUAGUUCAGCAAGAAAGAGGAUGUCUGUUAUUGUCUAAGAUUAAAAUGAUCAAAUUAUGUUGUUAUGUAAAGGGGCUGAUUCAAUGAUAAUUCACUUGCUUGAUAAAUCCAAUAGACAAAAUUAGGAACUGUUGUCAAUCACUGAGUAACAUUUAGAAUAAUAUGCUGAGAAGGGAUUAAGAACUUUAUUGUUGGCCUAAAAGAAUUUAACAUAGUCAUAAUACGAUGAAUGGAUCAGUAAAUAUAUGUAGGCAGGUUUGUAGACUGUUAAUAGAGACGAAUUGUUGUUACACUUGCAAGAUCAAAUAGAAAACAAUUUGGUUUUGAUCGGUGGUACUGGGAUCGAGGAUAAGUUAUAAGAUGAUGUUGGUAAUACUAUGUAGAAGAUAUUGAAUGCAGGGAUUAAGAUAUGGGUAUUAACAGGAGAUAAAUUAGAAACUGCUAUUAAUAUAAGUUACGCUUGUAAUUUAUUGAAUGAUUCACAAUAAAAAAUUGUAAUUUAAGCAGAUGACUAAUUUGAAGCACAGUUCAAGAUAAAUUAAGGUUUAGAAUUAUUAAAAUCAUAAUUCUAAUUACAUCCAAUAGCUUUGAUUAUUUCUGGUGAUUCAUUAAUUAAUUUGGAUGAAAAGUAUCUCAUUAAACUCAUUGAAUUGGCCAAAUAAUGUCAUACUGUUAUAGCUUGCAGAGUAUCACCCAAAUAAAAGUAAGAAUUAGUGCAAUUAGUGAAGGAUAACAUCUAUAAUAUCGUGACUAUGGCUGUAGGAGAUGGAGCCAAUGAUGUGAAUAUGAUAACAGCAGCCAACAUUGGAAUAGGAAUCAAAGGAGUUGAAGGGAAUUAAGCAGCAAGAGCAGCAGAUUAUUCAAUUGGGGAAUUUAGAAUAUUGCAAUAACUACUACUCUAUCAUGGAAGAGAAUGUUAUAGAAGAAAUCAAGUUCUGGUUGGAUAUAACUUUUAUAAAAAUCUACUUAUUGUAUUACCACACUUUUGGUUCUCAUUUUACAAUGGAUUUUCACCUCUUAAUUUAUAUGAUCCAUGGCUUUAUCAGUUUUAUAAUAUGUUCUAUACGAGUCUGCCUAUAAUGGCGUAUGCAAUCUUAGAUUAGCAAUAUUCAUCUAAAUUUCUAUUAUAAAAUCCAUAGUUAUAUCAAACGAAUAACAAAGUAACAUUACUCACCUUCUUUUUCUGGUUUUGCUCUGGUGGAAUGCAAUCUGCUAUUGUCAUUUAUUCUGUAUUUCCAUCAAUGGAGUAAACCAGCAUUGAUAAAGAAGGGAGGAUCCUCUUUCUUUCAUCUGUAGGCAUGGCUGUAUUCUGUUAUGCAAUCAUAAUAGUGAAUCUGAAGGUCUUUGUUUUCUCUUAUAUGAAUUCUAUUGGAUCUGUGCUCCUCAUAUUUGGAUCUAUCUUUGUAUAUUUAUUAACCUAUAUGGUUCUAUCAUAAUUCACAGAUAAAUUGGAAGUAUCACAUACCUUCAUCCACUUGUUUUCAAAUAUUUAAUUUUACUUCAUUUUAAGUGGAAUAUUAGUGUUAACAUUUGUUUCUGAUUUAGCACUUUCAAGAUGGUCAAUAUUUUCGGAAUAAUAAUUAUUUGAAAUCUAAAAAGUCAGGGAUAUACAAGAACCUGCUUCAUCUUAAAAGUCAAGAUUUGGUAGCACUCCUCCAUCAUCGUUGAUACCUCCUGAUAAAUUCGAGAAUCUAUUCUAAGAUGAUGAUGUCUAUGAAGAUACAUCAGCACUUCUGCCAAUCAGACCAAUUAAAAAUAGAAAAUAUACUGGUUAUGCCUUUGCUUAAUAAGAAAAGAAACUCGAUGAAGCCCUUAGGAAUGCAGAAAAUUGA